AUGAGAAGAUCAAUUGUUUUCGGGUUGUUGAUCGCCCUUUUCGGAUCAACGAUUGCGUAAGUUUUUUAUCAUAUCAAGUUGUUUUUUAUUAACCUAAAUAUUUUUUGUAAUGAUAACAAAUAUUAUUUUAUUUUAGAAUGGGCUACGGCGCCGGAGCAUACGGAGGAGGCUUCAAUCAAGGAGGUGGAGGUUACGGUAGACCAAGUUAUGGUAACCAAGGUUUCAAUAAUUUCAACAAUGAUGGAUUCAAUAAUGGAUUCGAUAAUCAAAAUCAAUUCAACAAUGGGUUCAAUCAAAACAACUUUGGCGGCGGAAGUUAUCAAAGACCAUACGGCGGUGGAUAUAACAGACCACCCCCACCCCCACCUCCUCCUGCACCCGAGCCACAAGCAGAGCCAGAACCUGAGCCAACUCCCCCUCCUCCUCCUCCACCACCUCCACCUCCACCACCACCCCCACCAGCGCCAGAACCGGAGCCAGAGCCAGAACCAGCUCCAAUUGUUAAGCCAUACAACAGUUAUGUUCGACCAAGUUAUGGAAAAUAA